AGUAGCGGAUCACCCUAAAACUCGAGCACUGUCUGCAAUGACUCCUGCGCGGGCUCGAGCUCUUCUCGGGCUCCUGGUCACACUCUGCACCCAGAGCCCACUGCUGUCGGGUUCUAAGCCACUACCACCACGUAAUGUGAAGCUGACCUCAGUGGAUAAAGGGCUGAAGGUCACCUGGGAUCCGCCGAGCGAGCUGGACGGACAGCCUGUUGACAGCUACAGCAUCGGCUAUGGAAAGUCCAUGAAGUCACUGCGCUACGUCACUGUGGACAAAGACAGACGCUCAGAGUUACUGGAGGACGUAGAGCCUGGAGUCCUGCAUUUUCUCAAGAUGAGUGCAGAGAAUAAGGACGGGAUGAGUAAACCUGUCUACAGGGCAGAGACUCCAGGAGGGGGAGAGUGGGUGAAACUGGAUGGCUUUGCAGUCGAGCCUUUCAACAGAUCCUCUCCAGGCAGGAUGGUGUCUAUAACUUCAUCACAGAUUAACCCGAGGCCCCCAACUCAGAGGACAGCACUAGGACAUCAGAGGGCUCCUCAGUCAUCAUCAGGACCAGAACCUCCUCAUCAAAUAGGACGGCUUCCUAUCAGACCUCUAAACAAACACAGAGUGGACCUCAGCCAACACCAAGCAGACCAGCGCAAUGCUAACAAGCCCAAACUGGCAUCUGAGUCCGUCUAUGUGGUAUCACUGCAGGCACCCAGAGCCCAGGGGAGGAGUGCACCCAUCAACACAGCUACCAUGAGUAAAAAAGUAAUUACAGAGUCUGAAGUUGUGGAUGAAGUAGAGGACAUCACAGUCAGAGUAUUAUCUCCUCAGUCUGUCCUGAUCACAUGGGUUGACCCACCUGUUGAGAAGAACAAGGAAAUACCAGGGGGAUCAAGGUAUUACAGAGUGAAGUACAGAGAGAAAGGAGAAUCUGCUCGAUGGGAAUACAAGGACACUACUCAGAGACGGCUUAUGAUUGAAACACUCUCUGCUGACAGCAUGUACGAGUUCUCUAUUUGUAUCUCACAAGGAAAUCAUAUGGGGAAAUGGAGUGCAUCUGUGUUCCAGAGAACCCCUGAAUCAGCCCCCUCUGGUCCUCCAGAAAAUUUUGAAGUCAAACCACUAAGAGGAAAAGGUACUGCUGUCACAGCAACUUGGGAUCCACCCGAGCAAACCAAUGGGCGACUGAGAGAGUACAUCCUUUCAUAUGCUCCUGCUAUGAAACCAUUUGGUGCAAAGUCAGUUACAUAUCGAGGCACCACCACUUCUGCUACUAUAGAUGGACUUACACCAGGUGACCGAUAUAUCUUCAAGAUUCGUGCAGUCAAUAGGAAAGGACAAGGACCUCAGACUAAAGCCAUAAUUGUUUCAAUGCCAGCAUCUAGCAAUACUCACACAAGAAACAUGGACAGCCAAAGGACAAGCCAAAGUACCUCAAAAACAUCAUCCAACAAUGAAUCAGACUACCAGGAACCAGAUGAAAUGGAAGAGCCCAAUACUCAGACCACAACUCAAGCUCCAAACACAAAUAGACGUCGCCCUCUUUCGCAAACCAGAUCUUAUCACAGCAUCUUCUCCUCUGUAAGAGGUUCAGUCAGAAACGGAGGCUCAAAAUCAAACUUGCAUACAUCCUCCACUCAUACCAAAGAUAGAGAAGAUGAGGAGAAGCCAACAGCAGACAGUCCAAUAGAAGAGAAGACCGGAGCAAAUGAGGCUACUGAGGACACAAAUCCAGAGAGGAGUAACAAUGCAUCACCACAAACACAAGAGCAUUCAAAAUUGUCACCGGACACAAAGGAAUCAAAACCCAGCAAUUCUGACAUUGUCCCUAAAACAUCCGAGGAUAAACGUCCUCCUUGGACCCCUCGUACAUCCUCAAUUGUUGAUAUUAGUAGAUUAAGAAGGCCUAGUUCUCGCAGUGGUUCUAGGUCAAGAAUGCGGAGUGAAGAUACUUCAAGUUCAUCACUAAACCAAGAGUCUGCAGCUACAAGAAAGGACCUAACAGCGGUUUCCUAUCCUGAUGGACAAAAAUCACACAACCAGAUAACUGUCACUGAUAGUAUGCCUUCAGUUGCUUCACCUCAGGAAAACAGGCCUGAACCAGUAAAAGAAUCAGAACCUUCUUCAUCUAUUUCUUCUUCUCCAACAUAUUCCUCCUCAGCAUCCUCAUCAUCUUCUUCAGUGUCUUCCCCUUCAUCAUCCUUACCAUCAUCUUCUGGUACUAGAAGAUUUUCCUCAGGAGCAUCUGGAGCCAAGUAUCCUAAUGGAAGGAGAGUUGGUAUUUCAACCAGAGGUCAAAGACUUCAAACAGGAAAGCCCAAACCUGAUUCAUCUUCAUCUGCAUCUUCACAAUCCACAUUGCCAACAGGAACCAGCACAGAUAAUCAUGAUACAACAGAAGUGCAUGAUACAAACCAAAAAAUUACAAAGUUAAACACAGAGGAACUCCCAGUACCAAAGGAAAAUGAUGAUAACGAAGAAAAGACAGUAGAUUCCACUUCCCAUUCUUCUUCAAGGACUAACCCUUCUACAACAGGACGAAGUUCAUCCUUUUCGUUACCAAACCGAAAUUCUAGAAUAGUUACAAGCAGUCGUAGGCAAGAUGGCAGGAUACCAUGGAGUAGGUCUGCCUCAUCUGUAGGUGCAGGAAGGCCAAUUAUCAAAGGAUUUCCUUCUCGUUCUACUUCUGUCAGCUCUCAAGACACUAGUGAUAAAAACAAAGUUUCACCCACUGUAUACCCAAAGCAUAAAGUUAAUCCUGUCUCGAAUAAACCAAGUCUACUAAAUGUAAAAAGUAGUAAUGAUCAUGAAGAUGAUUAUCUAUAUGAGGGAAGCAAAGAGAUCUGGGAUAGGCAAACCAAAGAUGUAGUCUCAACAACAGCACCAAAAACAACAACAGCUGUGAGCGAAUCUCACAAACCUGUCCAGAAUUUCGAGAAUGAAAGUGUAGAUAGGGAACAAAGUAGUAUGAGUACAGGUUUUAAGACAGUUCCUUCAGUUCCCCAUAAACUCCCUACUGUAACUUCUAAUGGUCGGGUCCGUUCACCUGUGGUAAGUCGUUUAAAAGGUUCACGGUUUCCUAGUAGAUUGUAUCCACUACAACAUAGAAGACUAGGCGCUUCCACUCCGGAUACGUCGGCUGCCUCCUCCCAAAACAAUCCAGCAGCAGAAUCACCACUUACCUCAGAUCGAGACAGAGCUGCCAGCAGUAAUGCUAAUGUUAGACUCGCCUCGGGUUCAGUUUCUCGCCCUUCUCAAGGCCUGUCUGCUGGUGAAAGCUCCAGUGGGAAUAUAUCUCCUGAGUCUCGCAGUCCAGUAAUGGGAUCGAGGCUGCGGUCAGCGUCCACUCCGGGCAAUAGUUACAAACCCAGUUUUGGGAAAGGGAAAAAUGGACGACCAAAUCUGACAGCUGCAAGCGGCAAAGUAUCUUCAACAUCUGAUGAAAAUCCUAAACCAAAUGGAGUACGACAUAUCACAGGUCCUGAUGGAACAAAAUGGAUAUUAGACCUGGAUAAAGGAGUCUUAAUGAAUGAAAAUGGAAGAGUCCUUCAGGAUUCAAAAGGUAGACCAAGAAAGGUUAUCCUUGGAGAGGAUGGCAAGACGAUUUUUGAUGACCAAGGCAGCCCACUUGUAAACCAGGAAGGAUUAGCAUUAUUUGGUCAUGGAAGAGACAGCCGGCCAGUGAAUAAUCCAAGUGACAAGUACCUUACUGUGGGAGGAAAACCCAUUGUGGGCUUAGACCGCCCUAAACUUAGGACUACAACCACUACAACUACAUCUUCUACAACCACUACACCCACAACUACAACUACUACACCAACAACAACUACAGCAGAACCCACAACAGAAAUGGUAACAGAAACAGUGGAGCCUUCAACAUUAGCUGCUGAUCCUACAUGCCCACCUGGACUUUAUUCCCGAUUGGAUAAGAACGGUUUACCAAUAUUGGAUGCAGAAGGAAUACUUAACUGUUACUCUGAAGAUGAGCUUUUUGAGGAGAGCACCACAAUCCCAGUCCCACUUCCUACCACAACACUGGCUUCCACAACACAGACUCUCACUCCUGAGACACGGCCAUUUAACAACACUCCUUCCUCUGAGUUUGAUGUCACUGGAAAGAAACGGUUUACAGCUCCAUAUGUAAACUACAUUCAGAAAGACCCUGGAGCUCCCUGCUCCCUGACUGAGGCUCUGGAGUAUUUGCAAGUGGACGUUUUAGCAGACCUGAUGGAGAAAGACCAACAGUCUUCCAAUCAGAAGCAGCCACCCAAAAACAAGCCCCACAAUGUGACUGUUGUUGCUAUGGAGGGCUGUCACUCCUUUGUGAUUUUGGACUGGGCGCGUCCACUAAAAGACGACAUGGUGUCAGGCUACAUGGUACACAGUGCCUCCUAUGACGACGUUCUGAAUAACAGAUGGUCAGAACAACCCUCAACUGGAACACACCUCCCUGUUGAAAACCUCAAACCUAAUUCAAGAUAUUACUUCAGAGUUCAAGCAAAGAAUAUUUUUGGACUGGGGCCAUUCAGUGAAACUUUAACAUACGUCACAGAGUCAGACGACCCUCUGCUCAUAGCAAGACCCCCAGGUGGGGAGCCCAUCUGGAUCCCAUUCUCAUUCAGGUAUAACCAAGCCCACAGUUCUUGCAGAGGCAGUCAAUUUGUCAAGCGCACCUGGUACAGGAAGUUUGUUGGCGUGGUCCUCUGUAACUCGCUGCGCUACAAGAUCUUCAUGGCAGAUGGACUGAGAGAAACAUUCUACAGCCUUGCUGAUACAUUUGGCCAUGGAGAGGACCACUGCCAGUUUGUGGACUCCCAUCUAGAUGGAAGAACUGGACCACACAAUCUCUCUCUCAACCUGCCUACAGCUCAAGGAUAUUAUCGGUCAUACAGACAAGAGCCAGUAAAUUUCGGGGCCAUCGGCAGGCGUACACCUCAUCCAUUCGUAGGCUGGUAUGAAUGCGGAGUUCCGAUCCCUGGAAAGUGGUAACAGGAGAAACUCCAAGAGGACAUUUCCACAGGACAUCACAAACCAUGUUUUCUCUCCCUAAAUCUGGCAACCAAUCAGAGGUGAACUAUUGGUCACCGUGACGAACAAACUUAGAUCAUAUAGCAACUGCUUCUGAUGGAAGGAAUAUAGUACUUUGAGUAACACUAAUUUUCUACAUAUUCAGUAUCAAGCACUUUUUAAAAACAAAAAUCAGUCUGUAUAUGAGGAAACUGCAGCAUGUGUAUCUGAGUUUAUUAACAUUGUCUUAUUUUUUUUUCAUGUGCUCUGUAAUAGUAAUUAUUUCACAUUUGCCAUUCUGCCUGGAAUAUUUAUCAUACAAGAGCUUCAGAGAAACACCCUUGUUAGCGAGUUAAAUAUCAAAGCACAAAGUCAAAUGAAUAAGAAUUUUCUGGGAACAAAAAAAGAUGAUGUAACAAAUUUCCUGUGAGUAAUGUUUGCUGUUGUUUAUAUAACUUGCCGAGGUUUUGUACUCUUACGUUUUUAGUAAUACCCUCUUUUUGAACAAAAGUUGGCAUGAAAGUAUUGCCCAUAUUAGGGCAGAUUGAAAAGAUAUAUUUUUAUUUGCUCAGGAACAGUUUGAAUAAAGGUGCUAUAGAGAAAA